UCUAUACCCAAUGGUCUUAAAAAUAUUCAUUUAUUUGCUAAGAUAAAUAAUUUCAGAUAUUAGUUUUGGAGAAAUAAUAAGUGGAAGUAGAGAUGAUGAAGCUUUUGCAUCUGUUCAUAACUUCAUCGAAACCAGUGCUGGAGAUUCUGCUGAUAACUUCAGUUGGAUUUUACAUGGCUCUGGAUGGAGUCAAUCUUCUUGGUCCAGAUGCUCGCAAAUAUUUGAACGACAUUGUCUUUUAUGUGUUUAAUCCUGCGCUUGUUGGAAGCCGCUUAGCUGAUAGUGUUACAUAUGAAAGCUUGGUGAAAAUGUGGUUCAUGCCGAUUAAUGUUCUUCUCACAUUCAUCAUUGGUUCCUUCUUAGGCUGGAUUGUUAUUCUCAUCACUAAGCCUCCUUCUCAUCUUCGUGGUCUCAUUGUUGGUUGCUGUGCUGCUGGUAACUUGGGAAACCUGCCAUUAAUCAUAAUCCCAGCUGUUUGUAAAGACAAAGAAGGUCCAUUUGGAGAUCCUGAGAACUGCCAUAAAUAUGGAAUGGGUUAUGUUGCAUUCUCAAUGGCCAUGGGAGCAGUUUACAUAUGGACUUACGUAUACAAUCUUAUGCGUGUACUAUCAAAAUCUCCCACUGAAGCACAACCUUCUAUUGAAUCCAGCUGCAAAGUCCCACUGAUUUCUUCCAAAGAAGAAGAAGAAGAUAACCAUAAGGUUGGGAGGUGGGACAGAUUCAAGAGAAGAAUGGUUUCACACUCGGAGAAAGUCAACUUAAGUACAAUAUUUGCUCCAACCACUAUUGCUGCGAUAGUAGCGCUUGUGAUCGGUCUCAUUAAUCCUGUAAGGAAGCUAAUAAUUGGCAACGUAGCUCCUCUUGGAGUGCUUCAAGACUCAGUAACUCUAGUUGGAGAUGGAGCCAUUCCUGCUACGACCCUGAUCAUUGGAGGAAACCUACUCAAAGGUAUGAGGAGCUCAGGAAUGAAAAAAUCCAGCAUUAUUGGCGUCUUGGUUGCUCGUUACAUUCUCCUGCCUAUAAGUGGUGUUUUAAUCGUAAGAGGAGCAUACAAGCUGGACUUGAUUACCUCAGAACCCUUGUACCAAUUCGUUCUGCUUAUUCAGUAUGCUGUCCCACCAGCAAUGAGUCUAGGUACAAUAACUCAGUUAUUUGGAGCUGGGGAAAGUGAAUGUUCAGUGAUUAUGCUAUGGACUUAUGGUUUGGCUUCAGUAUCACUCACUGCUUGGCCCACAUUUUUUAUGUGGCUUGUGGCUUAA